AUCAAUUGUUCAAUUGUUGAGGUCAACAAUUCAGUCGCAAAUUCGCAAACGAUCCAUCUAGACGUGGGAAAAAGUUUCUGAACGAUUAGAGAAUAAUAAUUUAUAUCGGAGUUAAGUUUUACGUUGUGAAUCCAAUCUCAUAAAGAAAAUGCACGUUUUUGAGUUUAGAAAUUUGAGGGAUGAUUCUUAUAGAUGCGAAUUGUGCGGCCUGAAGUUUAAUACUCAAUCAGCGUUACAACAACACAUUAAUAAAGAACAUACACGCAGAAAUAACGGUGCUGGUUCAAAUGAAACAUCUAAGUACGAAGUGUAUUUGAUGGACUUGUUCGAUGAUGUGGUUUACAAAUGCCGAUAUUGCGGUAUGGUGUUUAAAACGGAAUCAGAUUUAGCAGAUCACAUUAAGGAAUGGCAUACACCCAUAACUAAUGGUGCUGGUUCAGGUGGAUCAUUUAAAUACAAAAAGCACGGGACAACAUGCGAAAAAUUUUUUAUCGUACAUCAGAGCAUUAUUCUCUCUGAUUCCAUUUUCCGCGAAAUGCUUUCAAUAUUUGAAAAACUACGAACAUAUCUCGAAAACUCCGAGGAAUUAAAAUCAAAAAUUAAAACUGAAAAAGAAUGCUUCAAAAUUUUUAAAGAAAGUAAAGAUUAUGAAGAUAUAAAAGGUCAAGUCCCUAAAAACAAACAAAACAAUGAAGCAGAACAAAAGCAAGAUCCGGCAGGUCAUCAGGAAUUUUCUCCUGCAAGUGCAGAAAAAAAACUUCAAUUGGAAAAUUGAAGAUUUGAGAUUGAGAUUGAGAUUGGAAAAUUUUAAAAUAUAAUUAUAAUCAUUAAAUUCGACUUUUUUUCGCAAAAUUUACAUAGCAAAAACUAUUCGAUAUAAUUAUCUCUGCAGCAUAAAUUUAAUUUAUUUUAAAUGUGGUAGAAACAUUUUAUAAAUUCAAAAUUGUACGUGUUUAUUAAUGAAAUUUUCUCUAAUAAAAUCGUUUCAA